UUCUCACGGUCUUUGCCUUGUUCCAUCUCAAGAAUCAGGAACUCUUCAGGUUUGAUUGCUUGGUUCCCAAGAAAACAAAAUGGACAGGCUCAUAAGCUUGGAGCCAUCCAAUCUUGUGGCCAUCAGAAUCGAGCCUGGACAGAAAUGCUAUGGAGAGCUCACUCUACGCAAUGUUAUGUACACCAUGCCUGUGGCUUUCAGGAUUCAGGCCAUGAACAAGACUCGAUAUACCAUCAAGCCACAGUCUGGAAUUAUAUCUCCUCUAGCAACUCUGACUAUUGAGAUUACUUAUCAUCUUCUUCCUGGGUCUUUUCUCCCUGAAACGUUUCCUCACUGCGAGGAUGCUUUUCUUUUGCACAGUGUCGUGGUCCCUGGUGCUUCGAUCAAAGAUCCCACUUCAAAUUUUGAUGCUGUUCCUCCUGAUUGGUUCACUGCAAAGAAGAAACAAGUGUUUAUAGAUAGUGGUAUCAAGAUCAUGUUUGUUGGGUCACCAAUUCUUGCGCAGUUAGUUGCUGAUGGGGCCAUGGAUGAAAUAAGAGAAGUGCUUGAACGUAGUGACCAAGCUUGGAACCCAGCUGAUUCAAUGGAUUCUCAUGGAAAAACGUUGCUUCAUUUAGCCAUAGCUCAAGGCCGCCCAGAUAUUGUCCAGUUACUUCUUGAAUUCCAGCCAGACGUGGAGCUUCUAAGCCGAUCUGGCUCUACUCCAUUGGAGGCAGCUGCAGGGGCUGGUGAAGCCUUGAUAGUUGAGCUUCUAUUAGCUCGUCGAGCAAGCACAGAAAGAUCAGAGUCUUCCACUUGGGGUCCAAUCCACCUUGCAGCUGGAGGUGGCCAUUUAGAGGUCUUGAGGCUUCUAUUACUUAAAGGAGCUAAUGUCGAUGCACUCACUAAAGAUGGUAAUACAGCUCUGCACCUUGCCGUCGAAGAGCGGAGGCGUGAUUGUGCUCGUCUUCUAUUAGCUAGUGGAGCUAAAGCCGAUAUCAGAGACACUACAGACGGCGACACACCCUUGCACAUAGCUUCGAAGCUUGGAGACGAGAGCAUGGUCAAAUUGCUACUACAAAAGGGUGCAAAUAAAGAUAUCCGAAACAAAAGCGGCAAAACAGCCUACGAUGUUGCUGCAGAAUAUGGCCAUAGUCGCCUUUUCGAUUCAUUGAAAUUGGGUGACAGUUUAUGCAUCGCAGCUAGAAAGGGAGAGGUGAGAACCAUCCUGAAAUUGCUUGAAAAUGGGGCAGCCAUCAAUGGCCGCGACCAGCACGGAUGGACUGCGUUGCAUAGAGCAGCAUUCAAGGGAAAAAUAGAAGCAGUUCGGGCUUUGCUCGAUAAGGGAAUCGACAUAGAUGCUAAAGAUGAAGCUGGCUACACUCCAUUGCAUUGCGCAGUGGAAUCAGGCCACGCAGAUGUGAUUGAAUUGUUGGUGAAGAAAGGUGCAGACGUUGAAGCCAGGACAAAUAAGAGUGUGACUGCUUUACAAAUCGCCGAGUCAUUACACUACGUAGGGAUCACUAGAGUGCUUAUUCAUAGCGGCGCAGCUAAAGAGGGAGCGGCGCUGGUGCACUUUCCGUUUGGGAAAGGCAUGUCAGGGACGGAGGUGGAGAAAGCAAUCAAGAAAAGGCCGCCGAGAGCAAGAGCUUUAAAGGGUAGCUUUGACCGGUCCAUGCCAUUAGCUGUGCUUUAAUCAGGCAUAGCUAGAGGAUUUUUUUCCCCUUCCCAAUGAUCCGUAGCAGUGUAGAGCUUAAAUUGAUUCUUUUUUUCCCUGGUUUUGGGGUAAAGAUUCGUGGAAGAAGAUGCUGUAGACAUAUAUUAUAUGCAUAUAUGUUCAUAAUGUUUUGUAUAACCUAAUAUAUAUAAACAUAUCCUAUUGUUCAUUACUGUAAGUUUUCUCAGGGAAAUCGCAUUCUUGUGAAUCAACAUUGUUCAAUAUCAUUAUUGUUUCUG